UGAGAUGAAGGUCCUCUUCGGGCCGUUCUACAUACUAUGUAGGAUCUAGAGCCCUUAGGUAAACACUUUCAGCAAACUGCCAAUUCCGGACUCGGAAAAGGCUCAUGGCCUUUUCUUUGGUUUGCCAAAGGACUACAACUGCUCGGUAUCUUGGCUGCCUCCGCAGCCGACCACUCCAGCUCUAUAUUGCAUCGGGUGUAGCGCAGAGGCGAACAUUUCUUGAUUUCUUCAGGAGGAAAAAAACGGAAGAUGCAAAAGAACCUCUAGAGCCCAUUCCUUUACUUUCCGAAGAUGAUCUUUUCCAUCCUUUCUCAAAAUCCCCCUUUCCAGAAGUGCGUGCAAAAGGCCAAACAAUAUCUUCCAUGGCUUCUUGCCCAGUGUGCGCUUCUGGUCACAGGCAUACACACAAACACGAACACGAAAAGCCCAAGGUCAAUCAUGUGAGUUUCGAAUGCCCGGAUUGUGGGUGGCCCACACAUUGCUCAGAGGAACAUUGGAAAGAGGACAAGGAACAUGAAAAAUACUGCUCAAGGCUGAGAGAAGCCAAUGAGGAUGAGCAUGAUCUACGGAGCGGUAGACGGAUGCCCGAGUUCGAACUGCCUGGUCCACAAGGAUAUGAGGAGGCAAUAUCGUUUGCUAAUUGGGAUGUUUUUUGGUACACGCGUGGUUUCAACUCAAUGGACAGCGAGCGUUCAAGAAGACAUGCCAGUAAAUUGCUUACUUAUCCUAUGACAAUUGGAAGUGUGCUGCAUCAGCAUAGCUCACUGAUGCUGAACAACCAGCGGCUGACACCUGAGGGUAGUCGGUCAAUGGCAGCCAUUCGAUCUACUCUUCACACAGAACCUGGCGCACCAGAGACGCAUGAAGCGUCAGUGGGAAAGUCCCAAGUUCGUAUUUUUAUCCUUGGGGCCCGCGGAGAGUCUUCCCUACCACCCCAUGUAUGGGAACAACUCGGAUUUCUGUUCCCAGCGGCAAAUUUCCAUAUUUUCUUCAUCGGUCCCCAAGUAGCAUUGCCGCGCGAGAGACAGACCCCCUCGACACCUCCAAUUGACACCGGAUCACCAACCGGGUCCUCAGAACCCGAAACUGCUGGUUCCAAUUCACCUUCAGAGAAGAUACCAGGCGAUUCAGCCUCUUCCAAGGAGAGUCCGAACACCGAUACCAUGCAAAUAGAGGAAAAGAGGCCUCUAUACACACCCAACGUGUAUACGCCGCAGACUCCUGCUGCAAUUCCCCCACUUAAAUGGACACGAUCUUCCUUGGCUCGUUAUGGGGUGCCCUCGUAUACCACGCCAUAUUCGUAUCAGGUGUCGCUUUCUGGCUUACAAGUGGACAACUAUGCGGACGUUCAUCCAUUAUUCGAAGAGACUCUGGAUCCAUACAGCGAUGUUUUCUUCUUUUUUGCUCCUGGUUUCGGGUUUCCUUCUCCUUCCUAUAAGAACGAAGCAGGAGAGGCCGUUCUACAAAUUUCGUCGCCUACUGAGUGGGGCCCCGUUUUACCCAUGCUGCUUGCCUCGAAAUGUCCUAUCUUUGUCACCGGAUUUUCUCCUGCUGACGUUGAGCGAGAUGUUCGCUCGUUAUCAACAGCCCCAGGAGUUGCCGGCGAAUUUGAAUGGGUUGUUACUCCAGGGCCUAAUCCGUUUGGUAGCGAAAAGUGGGAGGUGGCUGAUUUCGACCCUCGAAUUAUGGUAAAGACCAACUGGGGUAUUUGGGCCAUUCGAGGUAAGAGUAGAGAUAUACAGGAACGAAGUUUCUUCAAAAGCCUCUUCAGUAAUGCAUAAUUGAAAUAAUAUAUACAUAUUGGUACGAGGGUGACUCACAUCCCUCAGCAAGUCACGCGGUCUCGGCCCCAUCGUGUCGUGUUGU